AUCAUUAAAUACUAUAACAUUUGACACCAAACUAAUGGUCCGAUUUGUUAGACAUUUAAUACAUUGAAAGUCAAAUCAUAUUAACUAUCGUUGAUAUUAUAGACGGCAUUGGCAUCAGUCAUGUGAUUGCAAUACAAACUACUUUAUAGUGUUAAACAUAAAUGUAUACAGAGAUGGUUGACAUCAAACAGUGAUUUAAUGUUAUAUUAUGUCAAUUAAUAUCAAUUGUUUUGAGUAGUAAUGAUGAAAACCAAUGAUUGUUUGUAUCAUAUAUUGAGAGUCUAUUGUUAUCUAAUAAUUGAAUGCUCUUUCAUAUAAUUUUGGACACCAAUUAUUGCAUGUAUUGUCUGCAUAUCUCAUCGUAAGACUAAAUGAUGGCCACUUUGAUCUCACUUAAUGCGGACAACUUUGUCGAUAAAUCUGAUCCAAUGGACAUGAAUGACAAAGACAUGGAUGCGAUCAAUACUUUUGACGAUAAUAUGUUAUGUCCUAUAAGUCAGACAAAGUCGAUGUCAAGGAAUAGCAUCAAAUCCAAUACCAGUGAAGACAGACAAUCAGUCAAAAGUAAUAAAUCAAACGAAAGUGUGGUUAACAGUGAUCGGAACCGAUUGGUACCCAUUAAAGACACCUAUUGUUGGGAUUGCCAUAAGAUCGGAGUAGACUUCUCCUGUAAAGCGUGUCUCAGAAGUUAUCACAGCAAAUGUACAUCACUUAAGAAACUGAUUAGUCAAUCACCCGAAGACGCAAACACUAAACUAUGUCCCGAAUGUAUAGACAUAAUGAAAUCGGAAGAGAGGGCCAAUCCAUCGGGUGCUAUGCAAUGGCUCAACGGAAAUGUCAAUGCAUUGGCCGAACUCCUCAAGUUUACCAUCGAAACGGUCAGAGCGGCCGAUAAGAAUAACUCAUUUUACGAACCCGUUUCCGAUGAGGAAUAUCCAGAAUAUCAAAAUAUUAUCGUCAAUCCCAUGGAUUUAAAACAAGUGGAGAGAAAUAUUAAAAACAAAACCUAUGCCUCAACUAAUAGUUUCUUAGCUGAUAUCAAAUGGAUUCAUCAUAAUUGCAUUGUCUUCAACAGUGGUGUUAACAAUGCAUUUAUAAGUGAAGCCAAAAACAUCUUAAGAGUGGCAAAACAGGAGUGCGAAGAGAUAGAAAUAUGUCCCGAUUGUUACAACAACUACUAUACGAUGGAAGAGGAGACUUAUUUUGCGGCCGUCUGUCGGCGACCACAUGCCAUCGUUUGGGCUAAACUUAAAGGUCAUCCCCAUUGGCCCGCAAAAGUGGUUCGCUAUAAUGAAAUCCGAAACGAAGUGGACGUCCGUUUCUUUGGUACUCAUGAUAAGUGUUGGCUCAAACUUGACAAAUGUUUUUUAAUGUCUAAAACCUAUCCAAAUAAUAAGAAACCGUCCAAAUUUGAUCCAACAAAGUUUGAUGAAGCCAUCCGUGACAUGAACUUACAUUUGGAUCAAUUGCAAAGAUAUUAUCCGUCAUUGUUUCGAUUUUAUGAAAAGCAUACAGUUUUCACUUUCGAUAAGUUAUAUUUAUCGUCUCAACCAAUUGAACCCCAAUCCAUAAUUGGAGACAAUUGUGCUAAAAACGUAUUAAAUAAUUAUAAUGGAAUACCACUUAAGAAGUUAAAAGUUAAGACAUCAAAGUUUGACGUUAGAACACAUCUACAAGAAAGUCAGGAAACAAAUGAUAAAAAGAUGUCACAAAACAAACGACUGAAAAAAUCUAUCAAUGGUUCACCAAAAGCCAAACGAUGUAUUUCACAAUCAAUGACUGUUAGACAAGAGUUGAACAAUUCUUAUGAUUCCGAUAUGUCUGCCAAUGAAUCACGAAGUGAUCCCAAAUUGGAUUCACCGUUCAAUUCAAACAACAAUUCAUUUUCUACUAAUUUUAGUGAUAUCAAUGGUGUCGAUGAAAAUGAAAUGAAGAUGAAUGCCAUUCAUGAGACACUCAACAAAUCUAUUAUAGAUAGAGUUUCAGAAGAAAAUUCACAAAAAUUAACUAUCGAUGAAAUAGAUGACAACAAUGUGAACAAUAGUCUCUUUUGUACUAAUAAUGAUCUCAAUGCUAGUUUAAAGAAAUUCAAAAUUAAUUCUAAGUCACCCCAAAAACAUAAGAACGAAUCAUUUGAAGACAUUUUGAAAAAAAGACUUAAAGUUAUGGAGAUUAAGAUCCGUGGCUUAGAAGAGGACAAGAAAUCGGCUGAAAAUGAAAUGGAAUGUCUUAGAAGAACUAAUGUAGAACUCGAAAGAAGUAUCGAUGACAUGAAACGCAAGCAGUGGUGUACUAAUUGUCUUAAAGAAGCCAUUCUUCCGUGUUGUUGGAACACAUGUUACUGUACUGUCGAGUGUCAGCACAAACAUUGGGCCAUUCAUUCCAAGACAUGUCGACGACGACAACAAUCAAAUCGACAAUAAAAUGACUGAUAUUUUAUCCAUU